CAUUACCCUCCGCCGGGCAGCUACUGUAAACCUCCAACAUGUCGGCCGUGUUCCCCAUGUGUUUGCGGACUACCCGGGGCCUCCUGAGGCUCAGGAACCGGGCAGAGGGAGCCUCUUCCCCGGCUGUGCUGGACCUGGUCCGGACCCUCUCUACGGUCAAGCCUCCAGCCGAAGAGAGCAGCGCUACGGGCGGGUUAGCUCAGGCCAUCCUACAGCAGAAGCUCCAGCAGCAGAGUCAGGGCCAGCCUCCUCCUGAGGGCGGCGAGGGGGAGAAGGAGGGAGAACAGAAGCAGGAGAAGAAGCAGAAUGAUAACACCGCCUACGCCAAGAAGAUGGUGCUCCGGCUGGCGGGGCUGAUGGGGGUGGGAGGAGUGGUCGGAAUGGUCUACCUGUUCGGAACCAACUCGGUAGACGAUCAAGGAAACGUGAUCCCAGAUGAGUUUGACAGAGAGCCCCCUGUGGUGCAGCAGCUGAAAAGAACCUUUAAAUUCUUCCAGGACUACAGACAGAUGAUCAUCGAGCCGACGAGCCCGAAGCUGCUCCCCGACCCGCUGAAGGAGCCGUACUACCAGCCCCCGUACACCCUGGUGCUGGAGCUCACCGACGUCCUGCUGCACCCCGAGUGGUCGUUGGCGACAGGCUGGCGGUUCAAGAAACGUCCGGGCAUCGACUACCUGUUCCAGCAGCUCGCUCCACUCUACGAGAUCGUCAUCUUCACCGCAGAGACAGGCAUGACGGCGUAUCCUCUGAUCGACAACAUCGACCCUCAGGGUUUCGUCAUGUAUCGUCUCUUCAGAGAUGCAACACACUACAUGGAGGGACACCACGUUAAGGAUGUGUCCUGUCUGAACCGGGACACCAGUAAGGUGAUCGUGGUGGACUGUAAGAGGGAGGCCUUCAGCCUGCAGCCCUUUAACGGCAUGGCUCUGAAGAAGUGGGACGGGAACUCCGAGGACCGAACGCUCUACGACCUCGCCAAUUUCCUCAAGACCAUCGCUCUGAGCGGCGUGGACGACGUUCGCUCGGUAUUGGAAAACUACGCCCUCGAGGACGACCCCAUCGACGCUUUCAAACGCAGACAGGCUCAGCUGGCACAGGAGGAGGAGCAGCGUUUAGCGGAGCUCGCCCAGCAGAAGAAACAGGGUCUCUCCCUCGGAUCCAUCGCCUCGCGGUUCUGGCGCUCUAAACCGCAGUGAGCCCCGCCCCCCUCUCACAUGUCCACCAAUCAGAGCCCGGCUUCUGCGCCGAGGGAGAGGGGCCACACAGAGUAGGGAGGCGGGGACUGGAACAAUGGACCGCUCUUUGCUCCAAUAAGAGACGCGCUUCCCGUCCUUUUGGAGGCGGGGCUUCGGCCUCCCAUUUGGUGUCACCUGAUCAAGCUGCUGAUUGGUUUUAAAAAAAGAGAGAGUGACAGGUGUCCAGGUCAUGAUGAACUCUGUUGCGGUUUUAGAGGCUGGUCCGAGAUCAGCGCCGCUACCGCCACUCCGGCUCUGCUCGGCCCGCCGCCGCCCGCAGGAUCUGACCUGAGAUCAGCUGCAAGAUGUGUAUUUAAUUUUAUUUUCUAUUCCUCUGUGUGUGUGUGUGUGUGUGUGUGUGUGUGUGUGUGUGUGUGUGUGUGUGUGUGUGUGUGUGUGUGUGUGUGUGUGUGUGUGUGUGUGUGUGUGUGUGUGUGUGUGUGUGUGUGUGUGUGUGUGUGUGUGUGUGUGUGUGUGUGUGUGUGUGUGUGUGUGUGAGAAAGUGUGUGCUGGAGACAUGAUUAAAUAUUGAAUAUUGUUUAUAAGAAAUAAAAGAUAAGCAGUAAGUAGUGUAAGAGUUUAUUCAAUAUGUCCGGCGGCAGAAUGAAGAUGUGAACGGCAGCUGAGCCGCGGUGGAGGAGAAAAUUAUCAACCUAUUUUUGUUAUUCAUUCUAAAGGGUCUGUUUAAUACGUCUACAAAUCCCCCCAAAACUCUGUGUCUCAACACGCUGUGGACACUUGAAUCACCACAAUAGCUUGCUAGCUAGCAACAUUAUCAUUAACGGUAUCAAAUCAUUACAGACUGGUCCCAAUACAAUUAACCGGGGCUUCUUUCCAAUACCAGAAUAGUGGUACGUAAACUAAAUAGUUAAAAUAAAAACGUGCUGAGUGUACCGGAGCAGUCUUGGCUAACUACGUAGCUUCGGUUACGUAGCCAAGAUGGCGGUCGCUGGGGUGAAGGAAGUCUGACCCUUAUUUACAUCCUCACUUUGGUUCCUGAUUCAUAUCUUUAAAAACACAAAUAAAUACUUAAAUAAAUGUAGUUUUUAAACAAAGAAACAACAGUAGUGAGUGGAGUUGAUUUGGGACUACUUUCUGCGGCAGAUUAAUCCACAUUUCUCACACAAACAGGAGGAGAAUGAACAUUGGAGGAAGACCAUUAUCCAACUUUUUCCCAAAAUGAAUAUCCAAAAGAAAGUCAGACUUUAUUAGAAGAUGAUUUUAAAGGCUUGAAAUAAACAUUUUGAUGUCCGUCAGAAACAACUCCUACUUGUUCAUACGAAGCACUGGUGAGGAUCAAAGUCUCUGAUAAGAGUAGGUUAUUCAGAAAUGUUUAAUUAAAUGCUCAAUAAUUGUCUAUAAUUGGGACUAUUUUCUUUGGCGGAUUGAUCCAUGUUUGUUGCUGUAGUGAGUAUUUGUGACAGUGUGUGUGUGGGGGUAUACAUUUAACUAAAGUGUGUGUUUAUGGUAAACAAAAGAACAUUAUAAGACCAGUUUUCCUCAUUAUUUGUUUUUCAUACACACAUUUUAUCAGAUCCAGGUGUUUUUUACUCCAAAUGUUUUAAGUACCUCUAGAACUUGCGUCCUUUUCUCCCCAGAAAGAUAAACAUAAAGGCUCAGCUACCGUUCUUCAUGUGUUCAUUGAGAGAUUGUGUGACUCGUGUUGAUGUGAAUUCACCAUCGACGUCCUCAAUAAAGCAGAGAAACCAA